UUGUUUGUUUUUGUUGAGGGGUGUCAUGUCAUGUGUGCACUUUACUGUUUUUCCAUUUUCCAACCCAGAAUCCAAAGCCAAAACCUUAGAUUAGAUUCCUUGGAGCAUAAGAGUCAACGACUUCACUUCUCAAAUCAUAUAUAUUUACACACACACACAAGUACACAACAUAACACAAGACAUUUGACAUUAAGGAACACUCGUGUGUGUGUAUGGUAUGUGGUGUGUCUAAGUGUCAACCAUCCAACUCCAACGAACGAAGCUUCCUACCACACUUCCUACUAUUCCAUCUUGCUUUACCCUUUUUACCCUGCACCUCCUCCAUCACCCUAUUAAACACAACCUUCCAACCCCACCUCUAUCUCUAUCCAUCUAUCUCUCUUGGAUUCUGCAAUUUACUCUCUUUCUCUCUGUGUGUUUUACCCUAUCCACACUGCAGAGCCACAGUUUCAGUUCAAACAGUUGUUUUUGUCAAUGGAAUGCAUUGGCAGAAGUGUGAGUUUGAAGAGAAAGUCACCAGAAAAUGGAGAUAAUCCACUCUUCAGCAACUUUUCUCUGGAUGACCUUAAUGAAGAUCUGUUUGAAAGGAUACUUUCAUGGCUGCCAACUUCCACAUUCUUCCGCGGUACUUCGGUGUGCAAAAGAUGGAAAUCAGUUGCUGCUUCUACCAGUUUCAAGCAUGCCUGCUCUCAAAUUCCUUCAAGGGAACCUUGGUUUCUCAUGGUUGCUCCCAACCUCAACCAAUCUGUUAUCUUUGACACUGCUGAAAGCUCUUGGAAAAGACUCAACCAUCCACCUCUUCUGCAUGAAGAAUCUAACCAAAGUUGCAUGCCGGUUGCAUCCUCCGGCGGCUUGAUUUGCCACAGAAAAUUAUCAGGAGACUUCAUUGUGAGCAAUCCUGUGACAGGAUCUUGCAGUGAACUCCCUCCACUGCACAUUUCAUCUCAGAACCAACCUCUCAAUGCCAUUGUGAUGAGAACAGCUUCAAAAGACCAACUCUCCUUCAGAAUUGUGUUAGUCUUCGGCGAGCUUCCAAAUCUCGUGUUUAAAGUCUACAAUUCAAGCUCUGGCUGUUGGGAAAAUGAGACUGCACUGAGGAGAAAGGUUGGUGAUAUUGAUAAUUCCAUGGAAUAUGAUUCAACAGAUGAGAAUGCUGUGUAUUUUCUCAGCAAAGGUGGAAUUGUGGUAGCAAGCAGCUUGCAGAGAAGCGCUUCUAAGCAAUAUUCAUCAGUUGUUACCAACAAAGAUGGUAAUGAGAUCGUGUAUUAUCUUAGCUCCUCAGGGACAGUGGUAGCUUGCAAUUUGACAAGAAAGUGCUUCUUUGAGCAUCCCAGGUUGUUGCCAGUUUUUAGUGAGUACUCCAUUGAUGUUGUGGAGUGUAAUGGGGAGAUGCUGAUUGUUUUGUUAUCAGAGUUCUUGGAAACUGCUAGUCUUAGGGUGUGGAAAUAUGAUGAGGGUUGGCACCAGAUUGCAGCAAUGCCAGUGGCUAAUUCCCAUGAGUGGUUUGGGAAAAAGGCUGAUAUAAACUGUGUAGGAGCUGGUAACCAGAUUUUUGUGUGCUUGAACUCCCCUGAAAUAUGCACUUAUGUUCUGUGUGAUUUGGAGACCAACAAGUGGGUUGAAUUGCCAAAAUGCUGCCUAAAUGGUGAAGUCAUGGACUUCAUGUCUGCUUUUUCAUUUGAGCCUAGAAUAGAGGCUUCUGUGUGAAGGCAAAUUGGCAGGGCCUUACUAGGUGGAGUUUUUCUGCGCAUAAUGGUCUCACUCGGCUCGAACAUGACUGCCUCAUUUGAGGAUAAGUGGUGUUUAGAUCAAAAGUUGGCAGGGCCUUUUAUCUUCACCUUCAUUACCAUCCCUUUUCUGUUCCCCUGGAGCAACUUUUCCUUUUCGUUUGUAAUUGUUUGUACUUGAGUUGUCAAAGAAAAAUAGGUAGCUAGAGAAAGAGAUGGAAACUAACCAAGUGAUUGAUUGAUUGCUGACUAAGAUAUUGCUAUUUUUUUCAUUGAUUGUUAGGUGUACACUGUUUCAAUGAGUGUUAUCAUCAAUGAAUGACCUUGUUUGGUGAGUUA